GUCAAGGACUACUCCUCGCCCUGGCCGCUUAUGGUCCUCCCGGGGAUCGGCUCUGCACUCUCGUCGACCUCCAGCGCUAGCCCUCUCGUUUCCUCAUGCCAGCCGCUCAGUCCUCUCCGCGAUCCUGAUCAUGGCGGUCAUGGUUGAGCAGCGGCCGUUCCGGCCCUUCAAGUCCUCCGAGGAAUACCUCGAUGCUAUGAAGGAGGACCUGGCAGAAUGGCUUAACAACCUAUACUCUGAUCUCUACAUCACCGUCGAAAACUUCUGGGACCGGCUAGACACCGGUGUCGCCCUAUGCAGACAUGCCAACAAUGUUCGAAGUUAUGCCGAAAGAUACAUCACCUGGCGUCAAAAUGUAGGAAAGUCGGAAAACAAGGAUGCUAUAAACGUUCUCAAGCACCCGCCGGUAAAAUGCUUCAACAGCGCCAAACAAGGUACGUUUUUCGCGCGUGACAAUGUUUCGAAUUUCAUAGCGUGGUGCCGGCACGCUUUAGGCAUAAUAGAUUGUUUACUAUUCGAAACGGACGAUCUGAUCUUACUGAAGAAUGAGAAGAACGUCAUACUCUGCCUGCUUGAGUUGGCUCGUCAGGGAACCAAGUACGGUAUGCCAGCACCGAUGCUUGUUCUGAUGGAAAGGGAGAUAGAAAAAGAAAUAGCGAGAACUGAGAACGGCGAAACGGUUGACUCCACCAGCGAUGAGGAGUGCGAAGUCGGGGAAGCUAAACCUCAAAUAGUCACGAAUGACCUCAAGAGUUUGGACGAAAUGGUGCGUGUCCAGGUGCAGAUGUGCAAAUGCCCAACUCAGUUCCAAAUGGUGAGGGUGUCGGAGGGCAAGUACCGGAUAGGAGAUACCAAAGUGCUCAUCUUCGUUCGGCUCCUGAGGAACCAUGUGAUGGUGCGGGUGGGUGGUGGAUGGGACACGCUUGCUCACUAUUUGGACAAGCAUGACCCGUGUAGGUGCCGCAGCCAGCACAAAACGUCAGUCUCGGCCAAGCUGAGCGGCGUGAAGACCGGAGGCCCCCAGAUGGAGAUAGCCCACGCGAAGGUUACCUACGAGCGGAAAGAUGCGAGGAAGGACGGGAUGGCCUGGGGCGACCAGACCCACUUCCAGCCGCGGUACCUCUCCCCGACCCACUAGAGUGCCGUGCCGUGCCGUGCCUGUGUCAGUGCGCUGUGUGAUAGUGGUGCGAGAUAAUAGGAUGGUUCACCUCCGACCUCAUCGGCAUUGUCCGUACCUUGUAGAUGUGCCGCAUUGUGAUAGCCGCUGCCGGACCUCCGCUAGGACCUAACCACACCUACAUUCCACCUCUCUUCAUAAUAAAAUACAAACACCUGCUUAUCUGCCCCAGUAUCUGUAAUUGUCUAUUAUCUCCAGUAUCUCUGCUGUACAUUUCCAUGUCACCUAAAAUCGACUAGUUUUACAUCUCAUCGACAAGCCUCCUAUAUCUUAAAAUUCCCUCAGGUACUGAAAAAUGGCUGGUUAGUGAAAAUUUUACUCUUGCAGAUAUUGAUCUUGCUAUAUUGCUAGAAAGGUUGAAUGUGCUCGGUCUUGAACAACGAUUCUGGCAAAGCAGACCUAACAUAGCCAAGUAUUUUAUUAGAAUGAAGCAGAGGGAUUCAUUUAAGAAAAGCAUACCAUCAGCUUUUUUUCAUCUAAAAACUCUCCUUGAAGGCAUUCCCAACUUCUUAUUGUCACUUAUAUAAGAUUCUGCAAAUGAAUAAUUUGUUCUAUUCAUUAAUUACUAAGGCAAUAAUCAAAUUCGCUUUUAAACAUAUGGUGUAAGUGAUUUUCAAGAGGUACACCAUAAAGUGCUAUUAUUUAAAUGCUAUACAUCUCUGCGGUUUAUUAUUUUUUUUUAAUUACCUUUGAUUAUUUUUUAAUAUAAUAUAAAGUUUUGGAGAGCUUAAUUUUUAAUUGUUAAUCAUUUAGAACAUUUUUUUUUUUUUGUAUAAAAGUUAACAUUUUGGUAAUAAAGCAUUUAAAAUGUUUUACCUCAUUUGAAGCUCUCUAAAGAAUCAAAAGUGCAAUAUUAUUUCUUACUGUAUUUAAUUUGUUUAUUUCUCCUAAAGAAUUUAUUAAUGUUACAAGAAUUAUUACUCUAUUAAGUAUGUUAUAACAUAUGUAAUAUUAACUACAACUUAUUUAAGUUGUUAAUUAGUAUUUUUAAUCCAAAUGGUGUUGGUUUGAUAAUUUUAAUAAUAAUUGUUUGUACUUUUAUACUGAAUGUAUGUUAAAGAUUGUCACCUAAAGCUGUUCUAUAUAGAUUAAUGCAUAUACGCACAUCUAUUGUUAAUAUUAAACUUAAAAAUUUUAUAUGAUGUAAGAAAUUUUGAUAUCAGAAUGUCAAUUAUACAAUUAAAUAAAUAUGUAUUAAAUAUUUUGCAUUAUCUUAAAUACUUUAAUCAUAAAUGAAUAGUCGUUUAAUUCUAUGUAUUCUAUUUAAUUCUAUGUAUUUAAACAAACAAAAUUAAAGAAAAAUGGGACAUCGAAAACAUAAAUAAAAAUGCCUAUAAUGAGAGUAAAAAUAAAUCAGAUGAACUUUAUUUAUGUUAGGUGGAUCAAACGAUAAUGGUAACUCCACGCAUAAUGAGCAAAAUUCACAAACUAAGACCAUCAUGUCAGACAGGCAUUAAGGAGAGAAAUCAAACAGAAUUUUUAACACAACUUGCAUGUAGAAACUUAAAUUUCGUUUUAGAAAUUUUGAACAUUUGGCUAAGAAAUGGAAAAGGUCCUCUUUUAUGGCAAUGUUCCAAAAUGUGCAGUUUGUAUUUACAUUGUCAAGCCAUGUGGUGUAAUUCAAAUGAAGAAGUUUGCAUCGGUUAUACUACUUUGAAAUGUCAGUAGAUGAAUUCAGUAACUUGUAGUUUCUAAAACAUUUUCUAGACUGAGGGUCAUUUCGAUCAUUAAGAUCUUCCAGUUUUUCUUUUAAAGCUUCAAACAUAUUAGAAAAAGUAAUUGCACGUUGGAAUAAAGAUGUAGAUGAAGCCAAUGCAGUAUAUUUUGAUUAAAUAAACAUAUAUUUUUUAAUUUUUAUCCGAACUACUGAUUAGAGGUUAAGAGAAGUCAAUAUAAUAUGUAGGUAAUUGGCACAACCAGCUUAGGGAGCUCCAGCAGUCUCCAAUAGAUGGCUUUGUUUUAAGCUACAGCAGUCUUGUAUCUUAUCAUCAUCCUAAGCUCGAUAAUCCAUUACUGGAUCUUGGCUGCCUCAAGAGUUGCCCUCCACGUUUCUCUGUCCUAUGCAGCCAUCCACCAGUUCAUAAUUCCAAGAAUUCUGGCAUCGGUACUUACUCCAUCUAUCCAUCUCUUCUGUUUACACUUUCCUUUUUCCACCAUGCUCAAUGCUGAACAGCUUCUUUGGAGUUGAACUCAUGUUCAUCUGUACAAUGUAACCCGCCAAUUUCAACCUUGCUAUCCAGAUAUAUUUCACCACAUCCGGCUCGGAGACAGUCGAAAUCAGCAGUGCAAUAAGUCAAGGAGGCGCCCUUGUUUACCUCUUAUUCAAUCUGUCAUUAGAAAUGGCUGCCUGAAAAUAAAUUAUUCUGACAAUGUGUACCACGUUUAGCAGUGGUUUAUUUAAUUGUGCAGUGGGACGUGCCAAUGACAUUGACAUCAUGGCGAGGUCAGAACAGACUUUGAAGGAGGUGUUCAUUGCUUUUGAAACAGCUGCCAAAGAAUUUGGCCUUAUAGUCAAUGAGCAAAAAACUAAAUAUAUGUGAGCUGGUUGUGGCAGAGACCAUAUCACAUUCCUAGAUAUUGGCCCCUAUAAGUUCCAGAAAGUGGAAAUCUUUAUGUAUCUAGGGUCCGAGAUGAAUUCCAGGAACGAUGUAUCUCAGGAUGUCAGCAGGCAGAUCAAUGCUGCUGAGUGCUUUCACUGCCUGUCCAAGCAUUUUAAAAGCAAGAAUCUUUCUUCCAGUACAUAAACAAUCCUUAACAAGAACCUGGUACGUCCAGUGCUCACCUAUGUAUCAUAAGCAUAAACAACCACUAAGGCAGAGGGAAAACAUAUUACUGAUUUUCAAGAGAUAAGUACUCAAGAGAAUAUUCAGAGCAUUAAGAGAGGGAGAGUUCUGGAAGAAAAGAAAGAACAGGAAGCUCUAUAACACUUUUAAGGAUGCCAACAAUGGAAAGGAUUUAAAGCUAGGACGACUUUACUGGGCCGACCAGCUUGGUGGGCUUGUGGCGUGGAUGGGUGACCUAGAGAUCCCAAGGAAGGUAAUGACUGGAGGGGUGGACCAAGCAAGUAAAGUAAGGCAGCUCAGAACAAGACGGCUUGAUUAUGUGGAUGCGAGGAGCCGGCUGAAAUCCAGGAACUGGACUGCUGCAGCAUGACAUAGCUGUCUGGCAGAGACUGCUCAAGAAGGCCUAGAUAUAAAAUUUUUAAAAACUAGUUAAAUAGAAUUUGGAAUAAAUAAUAUCAUAAUUCAAAUUUUUGGGAUUUAUUUUAUUCACAGAAUUUUUUUUAAUAACUUUGUAAAUAAACUGUUUUAUGUUUCUUUUUAUCUCUAUACACAAUAAAAUAUAAAAUUGCACUAGGAUCUUGCAAGCAUAAGUGCUAUUUUAUUUCAAUAUGAGCAUACUAUUUUUUUUAAUUUUAUUUUUUUUAAAUUUUUAUGUCCAACAAGAGUUCAAUAUGAAUGUCCUACAAUACGAAAGGUAUUAAGAAUACCAAAAAGGUUAUAAUAAAGAAGCAAAAAAACCUAAUAAUAAAUUUAAAUCAAUGAAAAUGGGUUAUUAAAUAAUCAAAACUUCAUUAUAUAUUUUUUCAUUAUAUCAAAUAAAUUAAAUAUUUAUUAAAAAUGUGUAUAUUUUGUAACAAUAAAGAGGCACAAAGUGAUUUAAAUAAAUUACCUUAAAAAUAAUUCAUGGUAAUACAGAAUUUAAAUGCAAAAAUACAAAAUUUAUAAAUUAUAAUAACAAACAUAAACACAAAAAAAAUCAACAAAAAUAAACUAUAAUUAAUGACUUAAAAUAAACAAUAUAAUAUUACACAAUGUCAUGUUCAUAAAAACCUACAAAACAGACCAAAUCGGAUUUUAAGGACUAGGAUAAUGGCUUGAUUUAAUAGUUGGUUCAGUUCAGAUAAAACAGUUUUUAUGGUUAAAAAGCUUCACAAGGUGUAUUUAAUUGGAAGAUGUUUUCGUUUACAUAACUUAAUAUACAUAAUAAAAAUAAAAUGCUGAGUGCAGUAGUAUUUAAUUCUCCAAAACAUGUACUGUCUUUUUUUUCUUUUUUUCAAAAAAACAAGAUUGAUCUGAAUGUCCAUUCCACCAGGAUUAAUUUCAGUUCAAAUAUUUUAAGACAGAAUGAUGAGGAAAAAUUAGAUGAUUUAUUAGAGUAUUCAGAAUUAAAAACCCAUGUUUUAUAUAAGACUUUUAUGAUUCACGUUCACAAGAAUUUAUUCCAAUAAGUAGCAAGUAUGAAAAUAAAUUCAAAUGGUGGAUUUAACCACAAGCAGACCAAACACUUCCAGAAAUUUUUAAGAAUCGGCAAAAUUUGAAUGAAAUUGAAUUUUUUUCAUUUAAACAAAUUUGUAAGUAUAUAAAACAAAUCAAUAAAGCACACAUGAAUAUAACAUUAUCUCCACUUAGGUAUUAAAUACAAAACAAUGAUUGUUGAAGAAAGGAGCAGCAGAAAGGAAGGGCAUUUUCUAUCAUAGCUGUGAUACAAUAAAUAGGUGUAAAAUAUAAUAAUAGCUGUGAUAAAAUAAUAAAAUUAUUCUUUUUUAUUAUUACUGAAUCAGAAAAAAAGUGGGUUUAUAUCUCAGUAACAAAAAUUGCUUCACAUUUAAAUACUUCUUAAAUUUAUUUCAGUUAAAAUUACUAAUGAAUUGAAAGUAUUUUAAAUGCAAAUAAAUUGAUAACUGCCGUAAAAUGCAAUAUUUUUCUUUUCCAUUAUUAUACUUCAUAUAAUAUAAAAUAAAUAUUUUUCAACCACUACCAAACCAAAAAACAAUUCCGAUCCCAACACCUCACACAAUCAUAGGCAUACACCCAUCAAAAGAAACUACCUUAAAAUAAAAAUAAAUAAUCUUCAUUCAGCAGUUGAUAAAAAAAAAAGAUUUAUUCCAAGUCAAUCCUAAACAUAAGUUAUUAAAUGAAUGGAUUGGUGAUGACUAAAAAUGUCAUGGUUUAUUUGUGCCUUUGCAUGGAAAUCCAAUAUCAGAUAACUUUUAAUCAACAUAUUCAUCAUCAAAGCUUUCUAUAACAGUAAAAUCACAGAAAAACCAGCUCUAGUAAAUAACAGUCUAUUUACAUUAUUUAUAAAAAUAAUUUACAUUUAUAUUUACAAUAGGUUCAAUGUAAAAUACAUUAUGUUUGUAAGACUUCAAGGCAGUUGAUGUAUAACCCACACUUUAUUUUUCAUAAACUUUAAUUGAAGAAUGAAGUAAUUAUGACGUCAGUUUUAAGUAAUCACUUUCAACUAAAACCUAAGCUGUUGUUUCAGUCGGAGUUGCUGUGUUUUCUUCAGGUACUCGAAUGGGCAUUCCCAUGAAUCUAGGCCCAGGAACUUUAUUAGUAACAGAUCCUUUCUUUUUAAGAGGUACAGUCUGUUGCUUGGUUUCUCUGUACUUAAAUAACCCAUCACCAGGCAAAGAUGGAAGUAUCCUUGGAUUAACAUACCAAAGAUAAUAGGUCAAAUACCAAGUAACAACAGCAGUGAUGGCUGCGAGUAGUUUUUCCAACAUGUUAUGAUAAAAGAGUACUGUUGUGAUCAGCAUAAUAUCCCAAAUAAUUACUAAACCAGUAAUUAUUAAAAAUAAGCUUCUGAUAUAUGGUGUAAGUUUAGGGUAAGAAGACUUUAAUCGUUCGAACUCACAAGCAGAAAGAGCUCUCAAUGGUGAAGAAUCGGUAGAACCUUGAGACCUGGAAUGUUCCUCUUCUCUUAUGAGAUCAGAUAUACCUUCCCAACAAUUAAUAACUCUACAUUCUUCAAUCAGUACAAGAGUACUGUACAAAAGUAUAAAACAAUGGCCAGAAAUGUCUAAACUAUGCCAAAAAUAGCCUUUGUUAAGACAGGAAGGUUUUGUUUGAUAUCUAAUAUCUUUGAUAUUACACCUUCCAAAAAUAUUUUCAACAUAAUUAUAAAAAUUUGUCCAAAAAUACCAAAAAAAUGUAGCUACUGCAAAUCUCCCAAGAUGUGUCAGAACUCUAUUCCUUUUUCCACAACAAUAUACAAAACUUGUAAGUGCAUUAAAAGGUAGACCAACAAGUAAAGUCCACCCCCAUCCAAUUUUCACAAAGUAUUUAUUCAGAAAGUUUUCUUUCGAAGCGAAUCCUAGACUACUGAAUGCUCUUGGCAUCGGCAAGACAUCAACCAGUAUAGAAAAUAUAAAUAUAAAUCCCAAGUAUGUAGCAAUACGAAGAUGAAUGUCAAUAAACAACAACUUUUUGCAUAAAUGUUGAAUCAUCAUUAAUAAAAUAUUUUUCACAGAAGGCCUCUCAGCAGUAGGUUUCGUACCACGGUUUUCAUUCUUUUCAAGAAAAGGCCGAAAAUUUAACCUCGAACUAGUAGAGUAUCCCGUUUUCUUCUUAGAAGCCAUGACUGAAACCUCCCAUUUUACUGUCAUCUAGUGAUUAUGUUAACUCAUUUUAUUAGAAAAUGUUUCUAUAAAAUUUAUAAUAAAUAUUUUUUUGAUGAAAAUUAAACUAGUUAGAUUUGACAUAUAUAAAAGUAAAAUUUAGAGUAUUUAUUACUGUAAUGUCAUCUGGACUUGUAUGGUUGUAAUUAUAUCGAAG